GGCCGGCUAGAAAUUAAGCAGACUGUUGAAAAUAAUGAGGAGACAAUUCAAAUGUCUCUCGUUUGUAUCUUUUGUGAGCCUUCUGGUUUAUGUUAUACAUUUUUCAAAGAAUCACAACUUUGUCAGUCACGAGACAAGGGGCGACCAACAAGCACGUUUCAACCGUUUUGGAAAGGAAAGAAGUAUUUCAGCGGAAGAACUGAGAAGAGAAACUGAGCAGUCAUGCGUUUUUCCUGUUCAUUCUCAAAGUCUUCUUCCAUGUCAGCAGAACAACCUAAGACAGACGCGAAGAAUAAUAUACGAAUCACUUCCAUGGCUUGAUCUUGAGAGAACCUUGAAUGCAGCCGUAACACUUUCCCCUGGAGGAUACCACCAGCCCGUCGGAUGUGCUUCCCCACAGCGACUUGCCAUAAUAAUUCCAUAUAGAGACAGAGAGGUGAACCUGAAGAUCCUCCUCAACAACUUGCACAGAGUGCUUCAGAAGCAACAGGCGGAGUAUGCCAUCUUUGUGGUGGAGCAGGAAAAUGGUACUCCUUUUAACAGAGGAAUGAUUAAAAACAUUGGUUACCUUGAAGCCAAGGCGCUGUGUCAUUUUGACUGUUUCACCUUCCAUGAUGUCGACUUGGUGACUGAGAGUGAGAGGAAUACCUACUUCUGUGGGGAGAAGGCUUUGCAUCACUCUCAAAAACUUGACUUUCUGGAUUACAGGACAUGGUACGGAAAUCACUUUGGUGGUGUGGUCACUUUCAACAAGACAUAUUUCUCGACCAUCAAUGGUUACCCUAACUUGUUCUUCAUGUGGGGAGGUGAAGAUGAUGACUUGAUUCACAGAUUGCAGAAGAAGCAGAUGCCGUAUGAACACAGCAAAUAUCCUCGUUACACUGCUUUGACGCAUAAGAAAGAUCCCCAUCACACAAGGCAAGAAAUGGCUGUCUAUAGAACAAGCCGUGAACGGUUUGGCAAGGACGGUCUCAACAGUAUGGAACGGCUAUAUCGACACUGUAGCCUUCUGUUACGGUCAGCUGGAGACGAGCGGCGACAAAGUAACACCGCGGCAUAGUACGUGCAGUCUGGGCAUAGUAAUUUUACCAACCUUUCAUUGGAUUAGUACCAUUGGUGUACUAUUUGUACCAUUGGAGUACCGUUUGUACCACUGGAGUAAGUACCAUUGAGGUACCGUUUGUACUAGAGUAGUACAGUGUUUUUACCCUUGUAAGGUUGGCUAGCAGGCUAGCAUAAUGAUAACAUGCAUUGUGUACUUUUCAGGCCUCUUUUGGUUUACCCUGGGCCGUUGUUAUCAUUAUUCCGCUUUAGGGUAAUGGGGCUAUUGUAGCUCCAUCCUCUUAGCGACAUACUUUCUGCCUUAUGCUGUAAAGCCGGUAGUCUCUAUAUCUUUUGGUCUCGCCCUGGCUGUGGGUGUUGUGCAAUUUUACUCGCUACGUUGUAAUUACAUGAAUAUAGCCGUGAAUUAA